AUGAUACGGAGUGGACAGGAGCAGCAACAGCAAGAGAGCGAGAUGCAGGUUGUGUCAAUGGACGCUAUUAACAGUCGUAGCGACGCUGCUGCACCUACUCGUAAGCCGGAGGAGGCGGCGCCACCACUCGCCUCCGUAUCUUGGACAUCCCACCACGAGAAGCAGCAGCCACACAGUCGUGGGAGGGCCGGCGAUGUCGCGGCAGAUGAGUCGGUGGAGACGGAGAGGAAAGAAACGGACGCGGAAGGGGAAAAGGUUGUCGGCAGUGAUGCGGGGCAGGCGGCACAGAACCCACAGCAGCAAUCUCUCACAGCGGGUGUGGUGAAACAUCGUGUCUUCACGGAGGAAGAGCUCGCGGCGUACAUGGAGCAACAACGACAGCGGGAGCGAGAAGAGGAGGUCCGACACACGAAAUUGAUGCGGAAUUCGGUUCUCAGGGGGUCGUCGAGGUUGCGAGGGUCUAAAAGCGGUGCGUCUUCUAUGCGAAUUCCCCCAAUCGACGCCAACGCCGCGCACCUGUCACAGCUGCAGAAGGCACAACAACAGUUAUUUACAACAGCAACAGUGGUAAGUGCUUCUUCACCGGCUGGUGUGGCUAUGCACCCGUUGGUCCACCAGCUUCCCUACGCAGGGACUUCUUUGCCUCCGGCAAAUGUCGACGCGUCAAUGCGUCCCUAUUCCAAUUUUUUUGCUCCAAAUGUCGCGCCUCCCCUCAAUAUCAGGCCGCCGCAUCAACAGCAACUCCCGCACACCCUGCAACCGCCCUCAGCCUUAUGCCCAUUAUGGGGGGUUCAGCCGCCGUCCCAGCCGCAAUACAUGGGGCUUCCCCAGCCAUGCGCCACCCCGCCUAUGUUUAACCCCUCAGCCAUCAUGCGCAUGGACCAACCGCAUCAACUGACGAAUGAGCCUAGUCCCCAAUUUUUGAACUCGGCGCAGAUUCCAAACACAGUGCAGGGAAGUAUAUUGGGGCUAAGCAUGCAGGAGCUUGAGGUGCUGGUGCGGCUCAUUGUGCUUGCUCGGAAUGAGCAACAGCACCAACAACAAUACCAAUUUCCACAGAAGCAACCGGCUCAACCGCCACAGUAUUGCUACUAUCAAGAAGGAAAGCAGAAAGAUGUAGGAAGCACUUGGAAUUCAUUCAAUACUUAG